AUUCUUUUUGGACAGAUCCUCUCCUUCCCGCAGACUCACGGGGGCGGUGAUCCAGGCUCGCUUCUGCCGCACUAACUGGAUCUGAAUAACAUCAUACCUCUGGAGAGAGUCACACCCAUUUCAUGCAGAAUCAGGACAAUAAAGCCAUGCUCAUUUGCUACUGUGUUAUCAUGGAUGCUUCCCGCGGCCACGGCAGAACCAAGAAGUUACGACAGAGCAUGUGGCCUGCACAGCCGGAACUAACGACUUCUCUGACCCUGAACAGAAGAAGAUGUCUUCUAGGGCAUCCCCUCCUUCUGCAUUGUUGUGCAUGUGGUUCAGAGGGACUGCCCUUCUCUGUGGUUCAGGGUGGACUGCAUGGGGAGCGCCUGCUUGAAAAUGAAGCAACAGCAAGGCCAGCACAGAAAAAGGCGAGCGUCACAGAAGCAGUGGGCUCCCGGCGCAGUGAGCGGCCCGCCCAGCCUUCCCCGGGAGCUGUAGGAGCAUCUCCGCAUCAAGCUCCAUCGUCUUGCGGUCUGUGUGUUUUAAUAUUGUUUUGCGAUGCUUGUCGGAAAAUUUCUCUUCAAGUUCCUUCUCAUCUUCAGGCUGAAACACUGGUAGGCAAAGUGAAUGUGAAGGAGUGUCUCCGGUCGGCCAGCCUAAUCCGGUCAAGUGAUCCCGACUUCAGAGUUCUGGAAGAUGGCUCAGUUUACACAACACACGACCUCGUCUUGUCUCCUCCAAGGAAGAGUUUUUCCAUUUUCCUGUCAGACAGUCAGCAGCAGGAGCAGAGAGAGAUGGAAAUUGUGCUGGAAGCAGGAGGAAAGAAGGUUCUGAGAAAGAGACACACCAAAAACGCAGCCCUCAAGCGCAGCAAGAGGCGCUGGGCCCCGAUUCCGUGCUCCCUGAUGGAGAACUCGUUAGGCCCAUUCCCACAGCACGUCCAGCAGGUCCAAUCUGAUGCCGCACAGAACUACACCAUCUUUUACUCGAUAAGUGGCCCAGGAGUGGACAAAGAGCCCUUCAAUUUGUUCUUCAUAAAUAAAGACACUGGGGAUAUCUUUUGUACACGAAGCAUAGAUCGUGAACAAUAUCAAGAGUUCCCGCUGUAUGCCUAUGCCACCACCGCCGAUGGGUACGCGCCAGAGUACCCCCUCCCCUUACUGUUCAAGGUUGAAGAUGAUAACGAUAAUGCCCCAUAUUUUGAAAACAAAGUGACUAUCUUCACUGUGCCGGAAAACUGCAGAACUGGAACUUCUGUGGGGAAAGUGACUGCCAUCGACCUCGACGAACCUGACACCCUACACACUCGUCUGAAAUAUAAAAUCUUACAGCAAAUCCCGGACCAUCCCAAGCAUUUCUCCAUCCACCCAGACACCGGCGUCAUCACCACAACUUCACUCUUACUGGACAGAGAAAAAUGUGAUACAUACCAGUUAAUCAUGGAGGUACGAGACAUGGGAGGCCAACAUUUUGGUUUGUUUAAUACAGGAACAAUCACUAUUUCACUCGAAGAUGAAAAUGACAAUUCACCAUAUUUUACAGAAAAUUCUUAUUUUGCAGAAGUAGAAGAAAACAGAAUUGACGUUGAGAUUUUACGAAUGAAGGUUCAUGACCUGGAUCUGCCAAAUACUGCUCACUCAAAGGCUGUGUACACAAUCCUACAGGGAAAUGAAAACGGAAACUUCAAAAUCAGCACAGACCCAAAUACAAAUGAAGGAGUCUUGUGUGUUGUCAAGCCAUUGAACUAUGAAGCCAUUCGCCAAGUUACUUUGCAGAUUGGUGUAGUUAAUGAAGCACAGUUCUCCAAAGCACCAAACUCACAACCUCCUUCUAUGUGCACGACAACUGUCACUGUUAAAGUUAAAGACAGCGAUGAGGGCCCUGAAUGCCAACCACCCGUCAAAGUCAUUCAGAGUAAAGAUGGCCUCCCAGCUGGCCAAGAACUCCUUGGAUACAAAGCCAUGGAUCCAGAAACACGCAGCGGCGAAGGCUUAAGGUAUAAGAAGUUAGGAGAUGAAGAUAACUGGUUUGAAAUUAACGAAAACACUGGUGACCUGAAAACUGUAAAAGUGCUAGAUAGAGAAUCAAAAUUUGUAAAAAACGACCAAUACAAUGUUUCCGUGGUUGCAACCGAUGCAGGUGGCAGAUCUUGCACUGGAACGCUAGUGGUUCUUCUGGAAGAUAACAAUGACCACCCACCACAGGUGGACAAGGACGUGACCAUUUGCCAGCACGCUCAGGACUUCGCUGUUCUCUCCCCGAUGGAUGCGGAUGGGCCUGAGAAUGGCCCGCCUUUUCAAUUCCUUCUGGAUAAUUCUGCCAGCAAACAUUGGACCUUAGGAUCAAAGGAUGGUAAAACUGCCAUUCUUCGUGCAAAACAACAUCUGGAUUAUAACUACUAUAAUGUGCCCAUCACCAUAAAAGACAGACACGGUCUUGCUGCCAAGCACGUACUGUCGGUCAGAGUAUGUGACUGUACAACGCCGUCCGACUGCAGAAUGAGCAGUCAAGUACGGGACAGAGAUGCCAAGCUCCCGAAUGUCAUCCUCGGGAAAUGGGCGAUUCUUGCCAUGGUGUUGGGUUCCGCACUGUUGUUAUGUGCUCUGUUUACAUGUUUCUGUGUUGUUACUAAGAGAACAGUAAAGAAAUGUAUUCCAGAUGAUGUAGCCCAGCAAAACUUAAUUGUAUCAAAUACUGAAGGGCCUGGAGAAGAAGUAAUGGAGGCAAACAUUAGGCUCCCCACACAGACCUCCAACGUCUGCGACACAAGCAUGUCUGUGGGCACCCUCGGGGGCCAGGGAGUCAAAACACAGCAGAGCUUUGAGAUGGUCAAAGGCGGAGGCGGACACCAGACCUUGGACUCUGUCAAGGGGGCAGGGCAGGGUGUGAUGGAGGCUGGCAGAUACACGUACACCGACUGGCACAGCUUUACCCAGCCCCGGCUUGGCGAAAAAGUGUAUCUGUGUGGACAAGACGAGGAGCACAAACAUUCCGAGGACUACGUCCGUUCCUACAACUACGAGGGCAAGGGGUCGAUGGCCGGCUCGGUGGGCUGCUGCAGUGACCGGCAGGAGGAGGAAGGGCUGGAGUUUCUCGAUCAUCUGGAACCCAAAUUUAGGACGCUGGCCAAGACGUGUAUAAGGAAGUGAGGGGCCUGUUCAGAGAGUGCCACCUGCAGCUGCAGAUGGAGGCGUUCACUGAACCUAAACGUGACCCCGCGUCUGCUAAUGUAUCGGCGGCAAACUCCGAGUGGUGUGGAUAAGUCACUACACAUGUCAAGCUCCCUCCAUUCCCGAGUCUGACAUAGCUUCGUGUUCUCUAGAAAUAAGUUUCAUGGGUCCAUUUUCUUCUGCGAGCCUGUACAUAUCGCCCCUUUCAGCAUCUUUUGUUACUUGUAUCCUGUGGAAGAGAGAGAGCUGGGUAUUGCGGAGUCUAAUAAAAAUGAAUUUUUGUUUUA